AUGGAAAGUGCGGCAGCCUCGAUUCUAAAACGAGCGGUAGAAAUGGAUAAUAAUAAACAGUAUACAAUGGCUUUAGUGUUAUAUCAAGAAGGUGUACAAAUACUUCUCGAUUCUAUGAAAGAAACAAAAGACCCAGCAAGGCAAAAACAUUUUGCUACCCGAGCAUCACAAUACCUAGACAGAGCAGAAAAGAUAAAAGAUUUGGUUGAAACCCAAAAAGCAAGUGGAACAUACAGAGAAUUAAUCAAAAUUGAAACAGGUAGUACAGGACAUGGUUAUACUACUGUUUUUGGAAGAUUUUUAGAUACAACAGUUACAUAUAUUCACAUUGAGGAUCCUUAUAUAAGAGCGUUUCAUCAGUGUCAAAAUUUGGUAAGAUUAUGUGAACUGGCCGUGAGGAAAUGUCAUGCAUUAUCUAAAAUAUCUUUAAUUACAACUGUUGAUCCAGAAGAUAAGAAGAAUCAGAUAGCAAGACUAGAAGAAUUGAAACAAAGUCUAUCAUGUCACCUUAUUUCUUUUGAAUUUAACUUUUCUGAUACCUUACAUGAUAGACAAAUAAUGCUUAGCAAUGGUUGGAUAAUUAAAAUCGGUCGCGGUUUGGACUACUUUAAAGCACCUAAUGGAAAGUUCGUAUUAGGUGCCUGUGAUCUUGAACUGAGACCUUGUUCUGAGACAACUAUAGACAUAUUUCACAAAAGUCAAUUAAAGAAUGAGCAGUAAAGUCUAUACGAUCAGUGCUAAAAACAGUAAAAAUAAAUUAAAAGAUAAUGAUUUUAUAUAUUUAUUAAGUCAAUUCAAAUUAUUGCAAUAUCAUUUGCAUAGAAUUUGAUUUUAACUUUAGAGUUACUAUAUAAGUUAUUAUAAGUAUGUACCUGGUUACGUACAUUAAAAAGAGAUGUACUAUUUUUAUCAGUAUUUUUUAUAAUUUGAACUAUAAUAAAAAAAAAUAUAUAUAUAUAUAGUGUCAUUAUUUUACAUUAUUUUACAAAUAUAUAA